AUGUUACCUUCCGUGGCGUUGUUUCCCCAGGUGCAACCUCAUCACCACCUGGACCAUUAUCGGGCUACCGAUGCCCUUCCUCUUCCUUACAGCCCCAGCAAAACUGCCUUUCCCGCCUCCUUCUCCCGCGAGGACUUGGCCAAGGGCUCGUUCCAAUCCGUGUCUCGAUCCCGUGUGCAGUUUCCUCAUCCCGUCCAGCGCCUCAGCGCCCACGAUGCCCUGGAUCCCUCCUCGAGUGCGGAAAAUCCUGGCGAGCAUGCAUUGAGGAGGAAGACUCCAAACGGUACCCUCGCCGCUGGCUACGAUGGUACUCCCGGGGAUACUACCAUCCAACCGCCGGCAACGAAGCAUAUCCUGGUCUCUCCCCUCGAAACAAGUCAGUCUCUGGCUCCGCGGACCGGCGUCCCGCUGGACAGUUGGAUGCAACCCACCGUCGACCACGCCUCGACCGCUAAGCCGAUGAAUUUCCCGCCUGUCUUCAAGGGCGAUGCCAAUCGUGGGACCGGCAUCUUUCCCACCGAUGCCGUUCCGGAUCCAAAUUCCACUGGCUGGGUGCGAUCGUUGAACUACCCUCCUGGGAUCGACUCCAAUCUGUCGCUGCCAUUGCCGCUGCAACAGCCACAGCCGCGUUAUUUCAUGCCCAAUGGCGCCUACGUUCCUACCGUUUUGCCAGCGGCCCUUCAACCGUGCAUCGGACCCACGGCCUCGGCUGGCACAGGUCCGUAUGGACCCUACUGGCCCGAUGGCGCUUAUAUCCCGUAUCGUCCAGCGGCCAUGCGCGAUUCGCGCUUCAAUCGUCCGUUCGGUCAACAAGGCCCACCGCUCUACAACAUAGGACAGCCUUCAUUCGGUCGACCAUCUCUUCCUACCGGUGGUCCUCCGUCGGACCCGGCCUUUCUCUGGAAUCAGGUUCCCACUGCUGUGGUUGAUAAUCAAGAUCAUCUACUGAAGGAGAACUUUCCUCCACGGCACUCGAGCCAGAGGCCUACGCUUGAUCCGCCCCAACAUCAGCACACCCUGUCCUAUCAUACACGUCACGCCAAAGCGCCAUCGGCUAGUUACUCGUCGCAUCAACUCGGAAAUGAGCCUUUGGCGUGGUCUGGCACUCCAGGCGGUUCUAGUUUUGCGGCUGCGACGACUUCACGCGCAGAAAAUGCAGAAUUCAAGGAGAAGGUCCUGUCAUGGGCCCAUGGUGUCUACGUUGACCUGCUCGCGACUAUCCAUCAGGCUCGACGGAACAGUGUUGCUGCUGGUGUCACCGUUGACGGGGCAAACUCGCGUUUGCUAAAGCCUAGUAUCUACCCCAAGCCCCCUCGCCAGCCUGGCUUGGAUUUCUCAUCUCAGAAUCACACCCCGGAAGCUCUCCGUCAUAAUAGCUAUCCUUCCACUCAAUUUGACCAGCAGAUGGCUAAGGCUGGUGGUAUACCCAGCUUGGGAAGACCCGCGCCGCCACUGGUCCAUUCGACCCCGGGCUUCUCAGUCAACCGGCAUCAUGAACGUCCGCUGCUGAACCAGUUCCAGCAACAACACAGGGCACCGGAUACCUCCGUGGUGGAACGGUUACGCCCCACUGGACGAUUCUCUGGUCCACUGUCCAUGACCCGUUUCUCCAAUCUUGCGAAUGAGAGUUCUACCACGGCAAACGCCGCUUCAGCGUUGGAGAUGCUCUCUCAUCUUUGUAUGGAAAGUGGUUGGGAAUGGAUUGACGGCAUGCUACUGGGCGGUUGCCUCGCAUAUGGCUUGGGUGACUAUCACAAAGCCAUGAGGUGGUAUUCUAGAAUCAUUGCACGCGAUGAAACGCAUGUUGAAGCAAUAUCAAAUCUUGCGGCCACAUUGUUGGCGCUCGACCGUCGAGAAGAGGCAUGCCAGCAUUGGCUACGUGCCGUGAAACUGCGGCCAAGCUACUUCGAGGCUGUGGAACAUCUGAUCGGUCUUCUCUGCAGCAGUCACCGUGGUAAAGAAGCGGUCAAUAUCAUUGAAUAUGUGCAGGCGUCCUUGCGCUUCCCCAGAGAUGGAGAUUGCUUCAAGGCAGACGAGCACGCCAGUGAUGCGGACAGCGAUGCCGAUAGUAUACUGUCGGAUAUAAAUCCCUAUGAAAGGGCCGCAUUCGACUACGACGAUGACUGCGGGCUUUCGAUGGCGUUCAACCAGGUCUCGACCGAGGCAGGCUCUGCUGGUUUUGCCUCCAGUGGCUACGCUAUUCCCGGGUCCGACAACGGUAGAAUGCUGGCCCUUGUUCAUGCUAAGGGGAAUAUGUUGUAUACUCUGGGCGACCAUUCGGGGGCUGCGGCUGCCUUUGAAGAUGCCAUUCUGAUUGCUGCUGGGAGAAGACGGCACGGAAUCAAACGUCUAAUCAAAGCCAUAGUCGCCGCUUUCUCUCAAGGGUUGCGGAACAGCUUUCAGACGCCAUCGGCACCUCUCGACACGAAGGAAACCCUCCUUCUGUACCCGGACAAGGCUCUUCAGACCGCGAAACUCGUCUUCCCACACAGUGGGUUACCGCCGGGCCUCAAAUAUGUAUCUGAAGGAAUUGCAAGGAAAGCCGCCGUGUCAACUACAAGUAAUUGUCUGCUUUCGUUGGCAAAGAUCUACCAGGAUGGCAUGUCGAAUGCCAGCGUCUCUGCGUGUCUAGGAAGCGCACCAGAUGUUGGAGAUAUUCUGACCCUCUAUUAUCUCUCUCUUUCCCUCCUGCCUAGUCCAUCUACCGCAAAUAACGUGGGGAUCUUGCUUGCCAGCAUCCAGAACAAUCCGUCGAUCAAGACACACUUGCAUUCCGUUGGAGAAAUCCAACAUCCGGAAAUACCUGGUGUGGUCCCUGGAAGCGGAGUGUCGCUGGCCCUAGCGUACUACAAUUAUGGCCUGCAUUUAGAUUCGCGGCAUGCCCAUCUCUAUACGAAUCUCGGCAGCUUACUCAAGGAUCUCGGUCAGUUUCAAGCAGCCAUCCGGAUGUACGAGCAGGCGGUCCAAUGCGAUAAUAACUUUGACAUCGCGCUGGCCAAUUUGGCAAAUGCCGUCAAGGAUGCGGGUCGGAUCAAUGACGCGAUCUCUUACUACAGACGGGCUGUCAAAGCAAACCCGGAAUUUGCUGAGGCUGUGUGCGGACUCGCCAAUGCAUUGAACUCCGUUUGCAACUGGACUGGUCGCGGUGGGAUCGCAAAGGGUCGUGGAUUCCUCGACCGGUGGCACGUUGAUGACCAAGGCAUGCUUCGUGAUUCUAACGGUGCUGAAACCGGGACUGGCUGGAUAAAGCGUGUAGUUGACAUCGUCGACCGACAGCUCAAGGAGGGCGAGACGUGGGGUUGUGGUUUACUGACGCCCAACACGAUCGAGCAACUCUGUGCGCAGCUUGCUCCCGCCCUCGACAAUGGCCGGUUUGGCCCUAGUCAAAAACUUGCCUCCCUGGCGGCCGUUCUCCAGUCGUGGGCAGGACGGAAAUGGGAAGGAUCACGGAUCGUGCGGCUGAUCGAACGCGCCAUCCGGUCGAUAACCUGGCAGUGGUAUCAGGACCGCUAUGUAUAUGGGAAAGAAUAUCCUCUAUCCAAAUACCGCCGCCCACAACUGCCGUCGGGGCUCACCAUUCCCAAUGCGCCGACCGUUUUGCCUUUCCACACCUUUACUUGUCCAGUUUCCGCAAAACAGGUCCGGCAUAUUUCUCAACGGAAUGGGAUUCGCAUCUCCUGUUCGACUUUGCGGUCACCAUGGCUCCCGGGUACCGUAUUUAAACCUCCGUCGCCACCGAAUCCGUAUCUCAAAGUGGGAUACGUGUCCUCCGACUUUAAUAAUCACCCGCUGGCCCAUCUUAUGCAGUCAGUAUUUGGCAUACACAAUCCGUCAAAGGUCAAAGCCUACUGCUACGCUACUACGGCCAGUGACAGGUCAUCACAUCGUCAGCAAAUUGAAAGGGAGGCUCCGGUUUUCUACGAUGCUAGCAGCUGGUCGGUCGAACGGCUAGUCGGGCAGAUUGUUGAGGAUGGGAUUCACAUCCUGAUCAAUCUGAACGGUUACACGCGAGGCGCUCGCAACGAGGUCUUUGCGGCCAGACCGGCGCCGAUCCAGAUGUCCUUUAUGGGCUUCGCAGGAACACUCGGGGCUGAGUGGUGCGACUACAUCCUUUCAGAUGAGCUGUCCAUCCCGCCGGAGACGCUUAGUCCUGGGAGACGCAAUCUUAGUCUUGAGGAGCAAGUACUCGAACAAGACCAUGCGGAAGAGCUUGAUGACUGGGUUUAUGGAGAGAGGAUUGUGUUCACCCGGGACACGUUUUUCUGCUGCGAUCAUCGGCAGACUUCGCUCAACGCGGGCGAGAAGCCGAUGUCCUGGGAGGAAGAACAGGAGAAGCGUUGGCAGAUGCGGAAAGAGCUGUUUCCGAAUCUUAGCGAUGACACUAUUAUCCUUGGCAAUUUCAAUCAGCUCUACAAGAUUGAGCCGACAACCUUCCGCACCUGGCUACGGAUUCUUGCGCGGAUCCCCAACGCCGUCCUCUGGCUGCUCCGAUUUCCGGAUAUUGGAGAAAAGAAUCUCCGGGAGACGGCAGUUGCCUGGGCUGGUGAGGAGACGGCGUCACGUCUCAUCUUCACGGAUGUGGCGCCAAAAAAUGCACAUAUAUCCCGGGCCAGGAUACUGGACCUCUUCCUGGACACGCCAGAAUGUAACGCGCACACGACGGCGACGGACGUGCUAUGGAGCGGGACACCGCUUCUCACGUAUCCGCGACACAAAUACAAGAUGUGCUCGCGGAUGGCGUCCAGCAUCCUGAGCAGCGCGGUGCCGGAUUCGGAAGCGGGACAGAAGGCACGAGAAGAGCUGAUUGCCACGUCGGACGAGGACUACGAGAACAAGGCUAUCCGGCUGUGUCUGGGGUUCCAGUAUGCGCGGGGGGGCUCUGGAAGAGCGGUGGGGCGGUUGAGUGAGCUGCGAAAGAUGCUAUUUGAACAUAGAUGGGAGAGUCGGCUUUUCAAUACCAGGCGUUGGGUGGGAGAUCUUGAGGAGGCGUACGAGCGGGUGUGGAAAAAAUGGGUGAAUGGCGAAGAGGAGGAUAUCUGGUUAUGA